AUGACCAUCAAAGGGUUAACAGGAUUCUAUGAUCACAGCCAAUCAGAGACUUACACAACUAAUCGAGAGCUCUACUGUGAUGGCUUCCCUGGAUGUUUGGAGGACAAUGGCAUUCCUAAGAAUUACCAGCACAUCCUGGCUUUGGCAUUUGCAGUAAAGGAAAUCAAUGAAAACCCACAAAUCCUACCCAAUCUCACCUUGGGCUUCCAUAUUUAUGAUAGCUACAACAAUGCUAGAAGUACGUAUCAGGCCACCAUGCUACUUCUAUCAGCAACUGAGAGACUGGUCCCCAACUAUCUAUGUAACAUCCAGGGUAAUCUCAUAGCUCUUUUUGGAGGACUGGAUGCCCAAAUCUCUUUUCCUGUGGCAACUAUCUUGGAUAUCUAUAAGAUUCCACAGCUUAUUUGUGGCUCUGCUCCAAUAAUGAAUGAUAAAACCCCAGGCCUUUUAUUUUAUCAGAUGUUUCCCCCAGAACCUCUUCAGUAUAGCGGGAUUGUCUCUCUGCUCUUACAUUUUAAUUGGACAUGGAUUGGAAUCCUUAUUAUGGAUAAUGAGAUGGGAGAAAAAUUUAUAGAAACAGCGAUUCCUCUUUUUUCCAAAAAAGGGGUUUGUGUUUCUUUCGUUCAACGGUUUCACAAAUUAACUGAGUUCAACAGACUUGCAGGCAUGCUUCAACAGGGGGCAAAAGUCUAUGAUUAUGUCAUGGGUGGUAAAGCUAAUGUAUUGUUAUUCAAUGGAGAAUCCUUUACUAUGGGCUAUUUCCUAUGGCUACAAUAUAUUCCAAAUAUAGAGGAGGUGAGCAGUAAACCAAAAGGUAUUGUGUGCAUAAUGCCUGCACAGCUGGAAUUCAAUUUAAUCCCUUUUCAACGUGCUUGGAGUAUCAAAAUAAUUGAUGGUGCCCUUUCCUUCACAGUUCAUUCCCCUGCUCUACCAGAGUUCAAAUCAUUUGCUGAGAUACAAAACCCCUUCAGUGCAAAGGAAGAUGGAUUUAUCAAACAGUUCUGGCAAGAAGCCUUUGACUGUGUAUUCCCAGAUACAAUUCUGAGUUACGAGCAUGAGAAUAUUUGCAGUGGAAAAGAAAGUUUGGCGAAUCUUCCUGGAACCUUUUUUGAAAUGGACAUGACUGGCCAUAGCUACAGUGUCUACAAUGCUAUUUAUGCCAUAGCUGAUGCUUUACAUGCUCUGUUUUCUUCUAGAAAUGCUGACAGGUCAAUGAUGAAUACAAUAGGAAGGAAAAUUCAUAAUCAAGAUGUCUGGCAGCUCCACUACUUUCUGAGAAGUGUUGCUUUUAACAAUAGUGCUGGGGAACAGAUUUUCUUUGACCAGAAUGGGAUUCUGGCAAUUGGAUUUGAUAUUCUCAACUUGAUUGCUUUUCCAAACAAAUCUUUUCUUCAUGUGAAAGUUGGAAGCGUGGAUCAUUCAGCUCCCUCAGAUAAAAUAUUAACCAUCAGUGAUGAGAUGAUUACAUGGCACAGCUGGUUUAACCAGGUCCAACCUAUUUCUGUCUGCAGUGAGAGUUGUAAUCCUGGUUUCAGCAAGCAGAAACUCAAAUUGUUCUAUAUAUUACAAUGUCAUGCUGGAUGGUUAUACAGAAUAUUAGUGAGAAUUCAAUCUCAUUUCUUAUUUUUUUCAGACAAAAAUGAAUGUACUAGAUGCAAAGACAAAUACUAUCCAAACAAAAAACAUGAUUUUUGUAUUCCCAAAACUAUUAGUUUCUUGACUUAUGAAGAACCUUUAGGGAUCAGUUUAGCUUGUAUUGCUGUUUCUUUUUCUUUAUCCACUGUUCUUGUACUUGGAGCAUUUAUGAGGUACCACAACACUCCCAUUGUCAUAGCCAACAACCGGGACCUAACCUAUAUACUCCUCAUUGCUCUGCUACUCUGUUUCCUUUCGGCAUUGCUCUUCAUUGGCCAACCAAGAAAAUUAAGUUGUCUUCUCAGACAAAAAAUGUUUGGAAUGGUUUUUUCAAUGGCUGUUUCUUCUGUCUUGGCAAAGACCAUCACAGUAGUUCUGGCUUUUAUGGCCACCAAACCAGGAUCCAGAAUGAGAAAAUGGGUGGGGAAAAAAAUGACUAAUUCCAUUGUUAUUUCCUGUUCCCUGACCCAAGCAGGCAUUUGUACUCUCUGGCUGGUAAUAGGUCCCCCCUUUCCAGAUGUUGAUAUGAUCUCAGUGACUGAAGAAAUUAUCCUGCAAUGUAAUGAAGGCUCCGUGACCAUGUUUUAUUGUGUCCUUGGCUAUAUGGGUUUCCUGGCUCUUAUCAGCUUCAUCACAGCUUUUCUUGCCAGGAAAUUACCUGACACUUUCAAUGAAGCCAAGUUCAUCACCUUCAGCAUGUUGGUCUUUUGCAGUGUUUGGUUGUCCUUUGUCCCAGCAUACCUGAGUUCCAAAGGGAAAUACAUGGUGGCUGUGGAGAUUUUUUCCAUCUUAGCCUCUGGUGCUGGGCUUUUGGUUUGCAUCUUUUUCCCCAAAUGUUAUAUCAUUGUGUUUUGGCCAGACCUGAACAACAAGGAACAAUUAAUGAGAAGAAAAGACUGA